GGCUCCGGUGUUGGGGUGGGUGGUGGCGGGAAAAUGGGAAAAAAUUUAUAAUUCCUCCUCACCAACAGAAGAUGGGAUAGUUCUUUUCUAGGGUGUAACAGUUUACACUCUUUAUUUUCGGGGCGGGGGCGGGGUGUGCAUUUAUCUCAUUAGUAAAGUGGAGGACUUCGGGCGAGGAUGGCAGGUAAUUGAAAGUUUACUGCAAACUUUUUGCUCGUAGAUGUACCUCGUCUGAUAAGAAGGUUUGCUGCUUGUUUCCGAAGCAAGGGUGGGAAAGAUUCUAGAAGGCAGCUGGAGCCAGACAGGCCUGGAAGGAAAUAGAAGGUGUACACUGAUGAACUUAAAACAGCCCCCAUUCCUCAUGGAGUAAUUUCAAGGAGCAGAUACAGAUUUGCAAAGGGUGCUUUGGCCGGAAAGUGCUAGCCUGCUGAAUGAAGUGAAGGCCCUCAGCAAAUGGUUUCUAGGCUUUCACCAGGCUAAGAAAUGGCAUUUCAGAAGGCAGUGAAAGGGACUAUUCUAGUUGGAGGAGGUGCUCUUGCAACUGUUUUAGGCCUCUCCCAAUUUUCUCAUUACAGAAGGAAGCAAGUGAACCUGGCCUAUGUUGAAGCAGCAGACUACAUAACAGAGCCUGUUAACAGAGAGCCUCCUUCCAGAGAAGCUCAGUUACUGACUUUGCAAAACACAUCUGAAUUUGAUGUCCUUGUCAUUGGAGGAGGAGCAACAGGAAGUGGCUGUGCACUAGAUGCUGUCACCAGAGGACUAAAAACAGCCCUUGUAGAAAGAGAUGAUUUCUCAUCAGGGACCAGCAGCAGAAGCACUAAAUUGAUCCAUGGUGGUGUGAGAUAUCUGCAGAAGGCUAUCAUGAAGUUGGAUAUCGAGCAGUAUAGGAUGGUAAAAGAAGCCCUUCAUGAGCGUGCCAACCUACUAGAAAUUGCUCCCCAUUUGUCAUCUCCAUUACCUAUAAUGCUUCCAGUUUACAAGUGGUGGCAAUUACCUUACUACUGGGUAGGAAUCAAGCUGUAUGAUCUGGUUGCAGGAAGUAAUUGCCUGAAAAGCAGUUAUGUCCUUAGCAAAUCAAGAGCCCUUGAGCAUUUUCCAAUGCUCCAGAAGGACAGACUGGUAGGAGCGAUUGUCUACUAUGAUGGACAACACAACGAUGCACGGAUGAACCUUGCCAUUGCUCUCACUGCUGCCAGGUACGGGGCUGCCACAGCCAAUUACAUGGAGGUCGUGAGCUUGCUCAAGAAAACAGACCCCCAGACAGGGAAGGAGCGCGUGAGUGGUGCACGGUGCAAGGAUGUACUCACAGGGCAGGAAUUUGAUGUGAGAGCCAAAUGUGUUAUCAACGCCACGGGACCUUUCACAGACACGGUGCGCAAAAUGGAUGAUAAGGGUGCCGCGGAUAUUUGCCAGCCAAGUGCUGGUGUCCAUAUUGUGAUGCCUGGUUAUUACAGCCCAGAGAACAUGGGACUUCUUGACCCAGCCACCAGUGAUGGGCGAGUUAUUUUCUUCUUACCUUGGCAAAAGAUGACAAUAGCUGGCACUACUGAUACUCCAACUGAUGUUACACACCAUCCUAUUCCUUCAGAAGAAGAUAUCAACUUCAUUUUGAAUGAAGUGCGUAACUACCUGAGUUGUGAUGUUGAAGUGAGAAGAGGGGAUGUCCUGGCAGCAUGGAGUGGUAUUCGCCCCCUUGUUACAGACCCCAAGUCUGCAGAUACGCAGUCCAUCUCCCGAAAUCACAUUGUUGAUAUCAGUGACAGUGGCCUUAUCACUAUAGCAGGUGGAAAGUGGACAACUUAUCGAUCCAUGGCCGAAGAUACUGUAGAUACUGCUGUCAAGGUUCACAAUUUGAAAGCAGGACCAAGUAGGACAGUUGGGCUUUUCCUUCAAGGGGGUAAAGACUGGAGCCCUACCCUCUACAUUAGGCUUGUCCAGGAUUAUGGACUUGAAAGUGAGGUGGCACAGCAUCUUGCUGCCACUUAUGGGGACAAGGCUUUUGAGGUGGCCAAAAUGGCAAGUGUGACUGGAAAAAGGUGGCCUAUUGUCGGAGUGCGUCUUGUGUCAGAAUUUCCAUAUAUUGAAGCCGAGGUGAAAUAUGGAAUUAAGGAGUAUGCCUGCACCGCUGUGGAUAUGAUUUCACGUCGCACUCGACUGGCCUUCCUAAAUGUCCAGGCAGCAGAGGAAGCCCUGCCUAGGAUUGUUGAGCUGAUGGGCAGAGAACUGAAUUGGAGUGAUUAUAAGAAAGAGGAAGAACUUGAAACAGCUAGAAAGUUUCUGUAUUACGAAAUGGGCUAUAAAUCUCGAUCAGAACAACUAACAGAUCGCUCUGAAAUUAGUCUGCUGCCCUCAGAUGUUGACAGGUACAAGAAGAGAUUUCAUAAGUUUGAUGAAGAUCAGAAAGGCUUUAUUACCAUAGUUGAUGUUCAGCGUGUAUUAGAGAGUAUUAAUGUCCAAAUAGAUGAAAAUACACUCCAUGAAAUUCUGAAUGAAGUAGAUUUGAAUAAAAAUGGACAGGUUGAACUCAAUGAAUUCUUGCAGCUGAUGAGCGCCAUUCAAAAAGGAAGGGUGUCUGGAAGCCGGCUUGCUAUACUAAUGAAAACUGCAGAAGAGAACCUCGACAGAAGAGUUGUGAUUCCGGUGGACCGUAGCUGCGGAGGAUUGUGAGUCUGAGCAGUAAAUCCACAGCCAGCAGACAUAGGAACAGCACGUCGCCGUGUAACAACCAGAGAAGGCUCACACCACUCCAGAAUAGUAGACAUGGAUAGCUGCCUUCCUUUACACUGAGGAACAUUCCAAAGCUUUAGGACACUAGUGUAUACUCUUUAUUUGUGUUUGCCAUUCAGUCUAGCUUCUACAAAGUGUAUUUUAUCUUUUUUUUCAUUCUCAAUGCACACUGAUUUCAUGUAUUACACCCACCUUGUGACCUGUUAAACUGGACAUAUUCCUUUGUUUACUCACAUACUCUGAAUCAGUUCUAGAGGCAGAAUAUUUUGGCAGAAAUUGGAAGAAGAAGCAGGAAAGAUUUUAUGCACAAAGCUCUGGACACGAAGCUUGUAGGUAACAUUUGUUCUUAAAAGAAGUGGAGUGGAAAGUGACCCCUAUGGAAAUGACAGUGUUUCUGGAAAUUUCUCAGCCCCCUCUUCCUCUAGCUUGUCUACAUUUCUCAUCAAAACAGUAUCUCACAGUAUUAUAUCCAGAGUAUGACUGGCAAAACUGGAGAGGGAAGAAGAAGUUUAGAUCUGGUUAGAGGAGUUCGUCACAAAGAGAAACUCUGAAAGCUUCCGGAAUCACAGGUAUAAGGAUAGCAUUGACAUUUGCUGGGAGUUACAGUGAUAGUUUCAUCUCAGCAGUUCCUUUUUUUUUUUCUUCCCCAGUCACUGCUGGUUUUCUUUGACUCUUAUUUUUGCCAGGAACAUCAUUGUUUUUCUUACUUUAAAACCAG